AGGACCGAUCCGAGAGAGGACUCAGUCUGGCCGCGCGCGCCUCCGAUCACUGUCGACUGUUGUUCUCACGUCGACGCGGUGUUCUCGGUAGCACGCUCGCGAAUUUUCCAAUUUUGCGAUUUAAUUAUAUGUCUCGCGGACCUCGCUCUGCAACUCUUUUCGAGGCUCAUCCACCGCGUUAAUUUUUUAAAUCAGCCAACUUUUUACUCCCUUAACUUCGGGCCUUGAAUUCGGGAGAAAAAAAUAAACGACUUGAAACACGGCAAGGUGUUUGUAAUUGUAAAAAUAAGAUACGGAAAAAAAAUUUUGUCUCUGUACAUCUCUCUGUUAUGUUUCAACCACCUGCUCUCACCUGCCAUCUUUAAAAGUACGAAGCAAAUGAGACGGAAAACGUGUUGCGAACAGAUGCGCGGGUAAUCCCGAAGCAAGGACACCUCGUUGAAGGUUCCGUGUACUCGCGAAUCUGAUUGCAAAUUACGGAUACGACGAAAGGUGAGGCUUCGCACAGCUGGGCAUGCUACUGGCAAAUGUGGAAAGGACGUGUCUGCUAUUGACGGCGAUCCACGUUUUGCUCAAUGAGAAGAGUGUCGUCGACGCGGAGACUUUCCUAUUAGGAUAUAUUACGGGGUCAAAACGACGUCUAGAGGACUUGGAAUAUCAGCGACCAGGCUUUCGCAUAUCAGGAGCACUCACUCUCGCCGUACAAGAGGUAAACGCUGGCGAGCUUGGCAGACGAGGGCACAAGUUGGAAUUUCUCGUUGCCGAAACUUAUGGUGAGGAAGAAACUAGCAUUUUUACUGUGGCAAAUUUAUGGAGGAAAAACGUUAGUGCUUACAUCGGUCCACAAGAAACUUGCAUUCACGAAGGCAGAAUGGCUGCUGCCUUUAACAUUCCAAUGAUAUCCUAUUUUUGCACACAUCAUGAAACAUCGAAUAAAAAAGAAUUUCCCACAUUCGUAAGAACACGACCACCCGAUACGCAAAUUUCAAAAUCCGUUGUCUCGGUCUUGCUGGCAUUUAACUGGACAAAAGUAACGUUCAUGUACAUGAAUUCAACAAUAUUUGAAUUCAACAAAAUGUCCACAAUAGCGACGACAAUUCUAACAUCUUUCGAAGCGGCCGGAAUUAGCGUGACAUAUCUUCGAUCUUGGAGCGAACCUUAUUAUGUAGAUACGCACAUGCCAAAUCCUUUUCACAAACACGUCAGAGAGACAUUUCGAAAAACGCGAAUUUACGUGAUACUUGGGGAGUAUUUUGAGCAUAUGGGGCUGUUGAUGGCUCUGGACGAAAUGAAUCUUUUGACAAAAGGCGAAUAUUGGGUCGUCGGCGUCGACAUCGAGCAAUAUGAUGAGAAACGGCCGGACAAGUAUCUUCGCGGAUUAUGGCAGAAGAAGAUGGACCUCUCAAUCGUGAAUGCAUAUCGCAAUUACUUCAGCAUCGUCGCGUCUGCUCCGAUUAACUUUAUGAAUUUUACUCGGCUGGUUAACGAGUACAGGCAGAAACCGCCGUUCAAUUUUACAAAUCCGUUGGCAAAAGUCGGAGGAAUAGUUCAGAUCGUGCCGGAGACAGCGUACCUGUACGACGCGGUGCACCUUUACGAGAGAUCGCUGCUGCGUGCGCUCGACGAGAACCGGGACCCUCGGGACGGCCGGGAGAUGGUGUCGGCUCUACACGGUGUUCAUUAUCGAAGCGCAAUGGGCUAUAUGGUGUAUAUGGAUGAGAAUGGAGAUGCUGAGGGAAAUUACACGCUAAUUGCAUUGGAUAAUCAAUCUACAAGAGGUUAUGGACUUUAUCCAAUAGGCUAUUUCGUUGGAAAAGAACAAGGCACAAAUUUACCAACACUUCACUUAAAAAAAGAAAUAUCAUGGCUUUUUGGAGAUGAGGGACCACCAGUUGCAGAACCUUAUUGCGGAUACCACGGUGAAAAAUGUAAUUCUUACACCGGUGAAAUCGUGGGAGGUAUAGCCGGUGCAUUGCUGCUCAUUAUCGCAGCGGUCGUUCUGGUUCUUUAUAGAAAUUGGAAAUAUGAGCAAGCAUUAGACAGUUUGCUUUGGAAAGUGAACUAUAAAGACAUCCAGAUCAAGGAGCAAAAAGACGAAACGGUUGCAGCCAAGGAAGAGAUAUCUGCCAAAUGCAAUUCCAAGCCACCAACAACGCAACCUAUAGUACGAACUAGCCAAGUAUCGCUAAGUUCAAAUCCCGAUGCAGACUUCCGAUAUUCCAUGAUUUAUACACAAAUUGGAGUAUAUAAAGGACGUAUUUUUGCUGUUAAGAAAGUCAGGAAGAAAUCGAUUGAGAUUACGCGAGAAAUGAAAAAAGAAUUGAAAAUGAUGCGCGAUUUACGACAUGAUAAUCUCAAUGCAUUCAUCGGUGCAUGCACCGAUCCACCUAAUAUAUGCAUCAUCGUCGAAUAUUGCGCAAGGGGCAGCCUCAAGGAUAUCCUGGAGAACGAAAAUAUUAAACUCGAUAACAUGUUUGUGGCUUCAUUGGUUGGUGACAUUAUUAGAGGCAUGAUCUAUCUUCACGAGUCGGUCAUAAAAUAUCAUGGUUCUUUAAGCACAUCUAACUGUUUGGUGGAUUCGCGAUGGGUCGUAAAGCUGGCGGAUUUCGGUCUCCACGAAUUUAAGCGAGAUGCGGAAUGCGAUCCUUCCGACGUCAUAAAAAAAUAUCACGGAUUGUUAUAUAAAGCACCUGAACUAUUACGCUCUACUCGCUAUCUCGAAAAACCAACUAUUCGGGACUUUCAAAGAGGUGACGUCUAUUCAUUUGGUAUUAUUUUAUAUGAAAUACAAGGCAGACAUGGACCCUUUGGCAUUACGGAAUUAUCAGCAGCCGAAAUUUUGAAGAAAAUAAUUGCCAGAGACUCGGGAACGCCAUUCAGACCACCAUUGGAUCAACUGGAGAACACGUUCGAUUUUGUACGUGACUGUUUGCUGGAAUGUUGGGCGGAGAAUCCAGAGUUGCGCCCGGAUUUUAAGAUGAUAAGGAACAAAUUAAGACCAUUGAGAAAGGGCAUGAAAGCGAAUAUCUUUGACAAUAUGAUGGCGAUGAUGGAAAAAUAUGCGAAUAAUCUUGAAGCCCUGGUUGAUGAACGCACUGAUCAAUUGACCGAAGAGAAAAAGAAAACAGAUGCACUGUUAUACGAAAUGCUCCCACGUUCUGUAGCCGAACAGUUAAAAAAAGGACAUAAAGUGGAAGCUGAAAGUUUCGAUUGCGUUACAAUAUAUUUUAGUGACAUAGUCGGUUUCACGUCCAUGUCUGCGGAAAGCACGCCGUUACAAGUGGUCAACUUUUUGAACGAUCUCUACACAACAUUCGAUUCAACGAUAGAAAAUUAUGAUGUUUACAAAGUCGAAACAAUCGGAGACGCUUACAUGGUGGUAAGUGGCCUGCCGAUAAGAAACGGAAUUGAACAUGCUUCUGAAAUAGCAAGCAUGUCAUUAUGUCUUUUAGAUGCCAUUAAACAGUUCACCAUUCGGCACAGGCCACUUGACAAGCUACAGUUACGGAUAGGGAUACAUUCCGGUCCAGUAUGCGCUGGUGUUGUUGGAUCGAAAAUGCCACGAUAUUGUCUAUUCGGCGAUACAGUGAAUACAGCGUCGCGCAUGGAGUCUACAGGGUUACCCCUCAAAAUUCACUGCAGCAGCGAGACGAAGCAACUACUGGACGAGCUAGAAGGAUUUACUCUUGUCGAGCGCGGUGUGAUUUCUAUAAAAGGCAAGGGCGAGCGUCUUACGUACUGGCUAAUCGGAGAGGAUCUCAUUUUACGCAAUAAGCGUAGCAAAAAAAGAGCGAGCAAACGAAACGGCGAUAGCAAGAAGACUAGCGCGCCCGAUCCCUUGAUUCCUCGAAGUUCCUUGAAGAACAAGUCUCUCGUCAGAUCCACUUUUACAAGAUGCUCCAGCGAGUCGCCGAAACGUUUGCGAUUCGCCAGCUCGGAUCAACUCGAUCAUAAGAGCUCCAGGGUGAAUAGCCAACUGGAAUCGAUAGUCGAUAACAGUCCAUGCAAGACAAAAGUCUCGUGCGCGUUACGAUCGUCCUGCAUGGAAAGCUGGAGAUCCUCCAGCAACUCCUGCCCCUGCGUGGAAAAGCUCUGCGAUCAAGAAGCUCAGCCAGAACUGGUGGAACACGAACUGCCGUCAGAUAUUAAGAACGUCCCGCUGCUCCGAACCAAUCUAAUCUUCGGCAAUGAGACGUGUCUUCUGCGAUCUGGAGCCAAGAGCUUUCGCUUCGGCACACCCGGAAUACUUCAGAUCACUUGUAGAUCCGCGCCCAGCAGCCCACGGCAUAGCACGACGGUGUUAAACGCCCAGAAAAGAGCGGCGCAGUCGAACGAGGAAAUCGAUGGAUGGGACGCAAUAACGCCGCUAAUUUACUAUCCAGAUAGUCGUUUAGAUUGAAAAAAUCAAAUCUGUGAUCGACGCGAAUAAAAUCGAAUCGUAUUAACAGAGAGAGAGAAAGAGAGAUAGAGAAUCCAAUGUUUAGAAAGAUUAAUUGGCGUAUAGACAAAUAUCUGUAGGGAUAACUUGACAAUCGAGAAUCUACUUCAAAUGCCAUCUUGAUAGAUUUAUUUGUUUUGAUCAAUUGCCAAUAAUGACUUUGUGCCAGUUAGUAUCUUCUAACGAAAUUUCUUGUUUACAUCGUAUACAGGACGUGUCAAUCAAAGAAAAUUGUGCAUACAAACAAGAUAAUUUAUGCAUAUAUGUGUA